AUGAGAUAUUUAAAUAUUGGAAGACAUGGUAACAACACUGUUACUUGUUUACAAUUCAACUCUCAAAAAAUUGUUUCUGGGUCAGAUGACAGGUGUAUUAAUGUUUACAAUACAGCUAGUGGUAAAAUGAUCCACAAGCUUGAAGGUCACGAAGGUAGUGUCAAUACUUUACAAUAA